AUGUACUCCAAAUCGCUACCUCUUCUUGCCACGCUCACGUCGGUCCUCUCCCUACUUUCGCCAACACUCGCUGCUCCCAACGUCACAGUUGUACCAGUCUCCGGAAACUCCGCAGACUGCACUGUAUACCCUGGGUACAACGCCACGUCAGGCAUCGCCGGCCCAUGGCUGCUUGAAGCCACCAGCACCGGAAACCCUGCUCUUGACGGCUUCAAGAACACUAUAUACUCAGAAGGAUCUGGAAGAGAUGGAUACAGCAUCGUCACGUUCCCUAAGACCAACAGCAACACCACAAAACCCACCGUACAAUGCAACGACGGCUGGGGUCUACAGAUCCUCAGCCCCCUUCAAAGCUUCGCUUACAUCUACAACCCCAGCCUAUCCUACUCGGCCGGCUCCUCUCAGUCACAUCCAGCUAUCUUGCUGUACCACCACUACAUCGACGGCGUCCAGCAAGACGGCGUAUUCCUCGGCUCCCAGGACUACUCGAUAAACCAGGGAUCCACGAGUUAUGUAUUUCGCUUCGCAGAUAAUUUGAGUGGCUGGACGGUAACGCUUGCGUCUCGCCCUGAGAGUGUUGUUCUGGGGGAGAACGAGUAUUUGGGCUUUGUCAAGAUUGCUGCGUAG